AUGGGCAAGCAUAAGUCCCCUUCGCGUAUCCCCCCUUCCAUAGCUGCGAAAAUCCGUGCCCAAUCCACCUCCCCCGACCCUCCGCCUCGUUCCUCCCCUGGAUCUGACGAGACUGUUCCACAGUCGAAAGUUCCGGCCAAUGUCACCGCUUCUGCGCCUCCUACGACCUCUCAAGGUCACGUCGAGCCGCCCCAAGAGGGAUCCGUUGUUGGAACCCCAGAAGUAGACGCUUCAGCCUCUAACUCUAAGCCAUCCUCUGUACUCCCUCUGGAUACUGAGGUAAACUCCACCGCUAAAACCUCUUGGAGAGAUAAGGUGAAGGGCUCUCCCAGCAGGUUGAGCAAGAAAGGGACCCCAUUUCAGCUUGAAUCUGGCGAAUGGUGUAUCACGAUACCAAAUGCUAUUGUUGAGAAGAACCUCAAAAAAUGGGACUCUUUCAUAGUAGGUCAUUUCAAUGGAAACAUGCCCUCCCACGGUGCCCUCCAUGCCAUCCUCAACGGUAUAUGGAGCUUCAAGAAUAGAGAUAUCACUGUCUCUAAACUAGGCCCUAAGAUUGUACUAAUCAAAGUCCCGUGCCCUGCUACUAGAUGUCGCGUUCUCUUGCAAGGCAUCUGGAAUAUUGAAGGUCAGACUAUGUUUGUGACUGACUACUCUCCUAGAGUCUCUCCAACAAUGCCGGAACUGGUAGAAGCUCCUGUCUGGCUUGAGCUAAGAGGAGUACCACCUCAUUUCUUCAAUGAAGAAUCUCUCGAAAGAAUCGCAGGGCUUGUUGGUGACCCACUCUACUUGCAUCCUACGACAGCAAAUAUGACAAACCUGGAGGUCGCAAAGGUUUUCACCGUUGUGAGCCUCACUGAACCGCUCCCGGAAGCAGUCAAUGCACAGUUCGAGUCUGGAGAGGUAGUUCGGGUUGGAGUUUCUUGCCCCUGGCUGCCUCCAACUUGUUCUUUCUGCAAGGAAACUGGGCACACGAUCCGUCGAUGUCCCUCUGCUCCUAUCACUUGUGAAAACUGCAAAUCGACCUCUCAUGUCACAGACUUAUGCCCUCGGGGGAAGAAAUCUGUUGUGCCUGAUAACUCUACCUCUGAUAAAGAGCUAACCACUGCACAACAGAAGCGCAAACAGAAGAAGAAGGAGGCUAGGCAGCGUAAGAAAGCAAAAUUGGCUGCUGCCAAGUUAGCCGCCACUACCAAGGAUUCCCCUCCAAACGCAAAACGUGGUUCGGGGAAAAAGACAGCUAAAGCGGACUCCUCUUCGGAUUCUGAACUCGGCUCUUCAUCUCGCUCAGACACUAGUGGGUCAGAACACAAACCGGAAUCAUCAUCAUCCUCAGAAUCAGAGUCAGACUCAGAAGAUAUAGCUGAGGAAAAGCAGUCAGUUGAAGCAAAUGAGUAUACUCAGGAUGGAAUUUUUGUGGCAAACUAUGAAUUUUCUGACCUUGGCAGGAUAUGGGUAACCUGGGACUCCUCAGUCAGCCUAUCUAUCCACUCCAAGUCAAAGCAGAUGGUUACUUGCAUUGUAAGGCUCCCGAACUCAGACUCUGAAGUUGAUGUCUCUUACGUUUAUGGGGUAAACUGUAAGAAUGGUAGAGAGUUGCUAUGGGAUGAGCUUCGCUCUCUGUCAACAGAUCCGAUUGUCUCGUCAAAGGCAUGGAUGGUUUUGGGUGAUUUCAACCAAACAGUGAAUCCGGUGGAUAGCUCUACGGGUAGCACCAGAAUAUCAAAGGGUAUGACUCAGUUCCGGGAUUACAUUGCUGACUCUGGUCUGUCUGAUCUCACCUUCAGAGGCUCUCACUACACUUGGUCAAAUAACCAGACAGCAAAACCGCUCGCCAAAAAGCUUGAUAGGAUCCUAGUGAAUGACACUUGGAUGCUCUCCUUUCCAAUUUCGUACGGACACUUCGGGAUAUGGACUUCUCAGAUCAUUCCCCAUGUUCUGUAA